UGAUAAAGCUCUCCAGAGGCUGUCGACGACUUCACCUCUUCCGUUACCUCCUAGCUCCACAAGUUUCUCUUUGCCUCCAUCCGCCUUAGACAUACGCUCGGCUGCCAAACACUCCUUUGGGAUAGCACACCGCCUCGAGGAAGAGCAAACAGUCGAACCAAUUCAUACAGCAAACCCAUCUCAACAAUGUCCUCCCAAAAGUCCGCCAUCGACCUAAUCUCCCAGCCUCUAACCCUCCCCUGCGGCCUCAACCUCCCCAACCGCCUAGUAAAAUGUCCCAUGCAAGAAACUCUCGCUUCGCCACCCAACUUCGACCCACCCAUCGACAAGUUCCAAAACCUCUACAAAACCUGGUCAGAAGCUAAAUACGGACUACUAAUCACCGGCCAAGUACAAGUCGACCUCCGCUUCCUGUCCAUCGCCGGAGAUGUGUGCGUUCAUCCAGGUAGCGCUGAGCCUGAGGUCAUGGAGAAGUGGAAAGCGUGGGCGAAGAUUGCACAGAAGAAUGGGACGCCUUGUAUUGUGCAGCUCGCUCAUCCGGGAAGGAUGAGUCCUGCUGGUGCGGGCAAUCGGCCGAGUGAUAUGCCGGCGCUUUGUCCGAGUGCCGUUCCUGUCAAGCUGGGAGAUUCGUGGUUAGACAAGUUUGCGGUGGGGAAAGUGUUGGGUACGCCGAAAGCGAUGUCGGUCGAGGAGAUUGAUGAUGCGGUGGAGAAUUUCGUGAGAGGUGCGGUCGUGGCGAGGGAUGCUGGGUUUGCUGGGUGUCAGUUGCACGGAGCACAUGGCUUCCUCCUCUCCCAGUUCCUCUCACCGCACACAAAUCGCCGAACGGACGAUCACGGCGGCACACCUGAGAAACGAAUGACCCUCCUCAAACGCCUCGUCCGCGAAGUGCGAGCCCGCUGCCCACCACCCUACUGCCUAAGUGUCAAGCUCAACAGCGGCGACUACAUGGGCGCCAGCGGCCUGCAACAAGAUGAAGCUCUUGAGCAAGUCCGCUGGCUCGUGACCUGCGGCAUGGUCGACUUUGUCGAGAUUUCUGGUGGCAACGCCGAGCACACGAGCUGCAAAUUGCGGUCUUCAUUUGGCAAGAAGACGAUGAGCGAAGCGCCGAAGAUGAAAGAAAGUACUCGCAUCCGAGAGGGAUUCUUUACGGACUUCGCCGAGAAAGUUCAAGGUCUUGAGUCACCAGUUCCAAUUCAGCUUUCCGGAGGCUUCAGAAGUCGGAAUGGUAUGGCCGACGCUCUAGACUCCGGUGUAUGCGAUCUCAUCGGUCUCGGUCGUCCCGCAGUGCUCGAACCCGAACUUCCGAAGAAGACUCUGUUGAACCCGGAGGUUGGCGACGAUCAUGCGCUGGGUAUUCCAUUCCAGCUCCGAGGACUUUGGUUCGCAAAGAUGAUUCCGGCCAAGGUCGUGGGAGGCGGACUGCCGAUCCAGUUUUUCUACUACAACAUGCGAAGACUAGGUCAGGGUCUCACGACUGAUACCAAUGUCAGUCUGCCGUGGGUGUUCAUUGCGAGGUUAUGGGGGUGGGCGGCGGGUUCCUGUGCAGCUGCGUUGAACAGAGUAGGUCUCGUAGGUGGUGGACGAGACUAAUGGUCGAAG